GCCAUCUUGCCCGCGCGAGGGCGGAGAAGAAGGGGGCGGGGCAGGCGGGAAAUUCAAGCGCCAUUUUGGCUCCGCCUCAGGAAAGGCCUCCGCGCCAUGGAGCGCGGAAAGGGGGAGGAAGAAGGCGACGGGGCGGGCGAGCGCCUCACGGACACGCAGAGGUUGAAAGCUGCUGUUCAUUAUACCGUUGCUUGCCUCUGUGAAGAGGUUGCAGAAGACAAAGAAACUCAGUUUAGUAAACAAGCCAUCGCAGCUAUUUCUGAGAUCACCUUCAGACAGUGUGACAUUUUUGCGAAAGACCUUGAAAUGUUUGCCAGGCAUGCAAAGCGGAGUACAGUUAAUGCAGAAGAUGUGAAACUUUUGGCUAGAAGGAGCAACUCACUGCUGAGAUAUAUCACCCAGAAGAGCGAAGAACUGGCUUUAAAUAACCUGGAACAAAAGGAGAAAAGGAAAAAGAAAUCGGGCUCUAAGAAAGGGAGACGGACCUCUGAUGAGCAGCCAGAACCGGUGGUGGCUGAGAGCGAAGAUUCCAACAUGGCAUAAUCCCCAUCUUCUUUGACUCCAUCGAGACUUUUACCUCUCUAUCUCCAGGCACCGGCCGACCUCGACAGGACCGAGCUGCUUGCUUUCCUUUCUGGGCUGGCUGACUGGGCAUCCCGUAUGAACGAGGCAC